UGUCUGCUGGGCGCAGGAGCAGCCUGACGUCUUGUUGGUGUGAAUGACUUAAAAAAACAGUCUGACAACAGCUCAGCAGGCGAGACGAUCACGGAAAGCCGUAGAGCACUUUUUCUUUUGGAACUUCUUCCCGCUUCCACCCUCCCUCCACCUGUAUGACUGCGUGAAGACGAAAGCGACGCACCUAUGGAGGGCACCGUUCAGGCUUCCCAGACUGGAGGCGCCUCAAAACCCAAGCCAGGUCUGGCCCCCAAACCUCGGCUCACUCCCAAGCCCUUCUCUCUGCAGAAGACCACCGCCAUUCGCUCCAUUCAUGCUCCAAAGACAAUCCCCGCUGUACCUAAGUCAAAACCAGACCAGACAGGAAAAUCAGAGGCCACAGGUGUCCCCAAACCAACUUUGACCAACCCUGCUCGAAAACUGCCUCAACCAGCUUCCACCUCACUCCCCAAACCAAGCUCCGUAAGCGUUCCGACCAAAACUCGACCAAAAACAACCGAAACAAAUGAAGCAGGCCUCCAUGAAGAGGACACUCAAAAAUCUGAUCCAGUCUCACAAAUAACUCCAUCUAAGGAGACUCCCAAAUCUGAGCCAAUCCAGAAAGGUGAUGUCGUCCAAACGAACCAUAAAGAAUCUCUAGAUACUGUAACUAAAUCAGCUUCCACCUCAGAACCCGAACCAAGCUCUGUAAGUGUGCCCACCAAAACUCAACCAGAAACAAGCAAAACAAGUGAAGCAGGCCUCCACAAAGAUGGUACUCUUGAUUCUAGUGCAGAAAAAUCAGAUCCUGUCCCACAAACCACUCCACCCAAGCAGGCAACCAAAUCUCAGCCAGCCCAGAAAGACGACGGCGUCCAAACGAACCACGAAACAUCUGCAGAUAUUGCAACUCGCUCAGAGCAGAAAGAUGGAAAAAAUAAAGAAGAAACUCAAGUAUCUGUUGUCCAGAAGGUUGAGGAGUCAAGCAGCGAUGGUUCCUCCGCAGCCAGUCCAACAUUUCGAAGGGGCAGCACGAGGAAACGUCUCUCCAUGGAGCUUACCUCAAAGUUUGAGUUAGGUGGUCUGUCUCUGCCCCCCCAACCUACUAAAGCCGUCUCUACAACCAACACCAAAGAUCAGUCAAAAAAGCCACAACCAGAGUUGAGCAAGGCAACACCAGAGCCGCAAAACAGAGAGAGUGAUGGAGCAGAAAAAACAGAGGAAUACCAUGGAGGAGACAGUAUAAAACGCAGAAUCAGUCUUCUGUUUGACUCGUCGUCGAGGCCGGAGGUCAUGACAAAGAGAGAGGAGCCAGAAAUAAUAAACGGUACAGGAGGUGUGAAAGAACGAAUCAAAAACUGGGCCGCAGAAUCAAGUUCUGAGAGCCCAAAGACAGAGAAGAAGCCUCAGGUUGCACCCCGAACUCGCUCCAAGAGCUCUGAGCCUGCAGCUGCUCCAACAGCACAGGAAACCCCCAAAAUCCCACCUGAACGUCCUGCAGCAGAGACAUCACCUCAGCCUGUGGAUCCGAUUUCAAAGGUGUCACCUGCUGAACAACCAACAGAGACCCCAUUGGAAGUAUCGAAAGACACUCUGAGUAAAGAUAAAUCACUGGAAAGCACAACAGGGACGCCAGAAGAGCAGAACAAAUCGCCAGAAGGUGAUGUCCAGCCACGCAGUUGUAUCCCAUCUACAACCAACACUGGCAACAAUGAGGGCGACUCAGCAGCAAGUGAAAGCGGUGAACCUGCACUAAAGAGGAACAACGUCAAACGUCGCUCUGUUCGCUUUGGUAUCGUGGAGAGAGAUGAUGGCGGGCCUCCACUCAUCCUGGGCUCAGCAUCUGAAUCCAGUUCAGAAGAAGAAGAAGAGGCUCAGGGGGAUGAAAUUGAUGAGGAAGUCCCCGUUUCAGUGCCUGUCUAUAAAAGAGCAGGAAUUCUUCAGAGGAAGAAUGACGAGAUCCAAAAAGAAGAAGAAGAGGAAAGACUGAAACAUCUGGAAUUUGAGAAAAAGCGACGAGCAGAAGAACAUGAGCAGGCAAAGCUUCAGUUAGAAGAAGAGCAGAAACUAGAAGAAGAAGAGAGGGAGAAAGAAAAAGCGAGACAGAGAGAGGAGGAGAAACAAAGAGAGGCGCUGAUGCAGGAGGAGAUGGAGAGACGGAGAAAGGAGGAGUGGGAGAGAGAACGGCUAGAAGAAGAGGAAAGAGAAAAGAAGAGAAUGAGAGAAGAAGAGAUGGAAAGGGAAAGGCAGAUGGAGGCAAUGUUACAGAGACAGAGAGAGGAGGAAAGAGAGAGGGCAAAACAGGAGGAAGACAGACUUAAACAAGAGCAGGAAGAGAGGGAAAAGGAGAGGCUGAAGGAAGAGAAGAGGAAAGAGGAGCGAUUGAGGGAGGAAAGAGAAAGACAGAGGCUGAAAGAAGAGGAGGAGAAACUGAUUCAAGAAAAAGAAGAGCACAGAUUGGAGAGGAAACUGAGCGAGGAGGAAAUGAAUAUAGAGAAACAAAGAGAGGAGGAGUGGGAGAAAGAAUGGGUGAAGAAGACGGAGACGUUGAAUGGAGAUGAAAGAGGCAGGGAGAGAGAGAAAGAGGAGGAGAGGAUGAGGGAAAGGCAGAGACAAGAGGAAGAGGACAGAAAACGAAGGGAGCUUGAGAGGAAAAUGCAGCAGGAACAAGAGGAAGAGAUGGAGAGAAUGAGGCAAAUGGAAAAACAGAAAGAGGAGGAGAGGAUGAGGGAAAGACAGAGACAGGAGGAAGAAGAGAGUAAAAGAAGGGAGCUUGAGAGGAAAAUGCAGGAGGAACAAGAGGAAAAAAUGGAGAGAAUGAGGCAAAUGGAAAAACAGAAAGAGGAAGAAAAAGCAAGGGAAAGACAGAAAGAAGAGAGAGAGAAAGAAAGAUUAAGAGAGGAGGCGGAGGAAAAGGAGAAGCGAUGGAGGCUGGAAGAGGAGGAGAGGAUGAGGGAAAGACAGAGACAGGAGGAAGAGGACAGAGAAAGGAGGGAGCUUGAGAGGAAAAUGCAGCAGGAACAAGAGGAAGAGAUGGAGAGAACGAGGCAAAUGGAAAAACAGGAAGAAGAAGAGAUGAUGAGGGAAAGACAGAGACAGGAGGAAGAAGAGAGAAGAAGAAGAGAGCAGCAGGAACAAGAAGAAGAGAUGGAGAGAAGGAGGCAAAUGGAAAAAGAAAGAGUAGAGGAGCUGGAGAGUAAGAUGCGAGAGGAACUGGAAAGAAAGCAAGCAGAUGAACUCAAAGAACAGCUUAGAAAAGAGGAGGAGAGAAAAAGAGAAGAACUUGAGUUGACCAGCAGGGAGCAAGAGUUGGUAGCAAACAAAGAGGAGCAAAGCUUAAUCAGUUUUGAUGAUGAUGAUUUGGCUCAGAAAUCAGAAGCACCACAAUCCCCCUCAGCAAAAAUCUAUGAGCCUUCAGAGAGUGUCCUAGAUGUUGUUUAUGAUGACUUCUCAGUGAAAAAGCCUCAAAUCGAUGUGGAUUUUGAUGAUUUUUCAGUCAAACCAAGGAAAAGGGCCUUGCAGGCCAAACCAGAAACUACUACCUAUAGAUGGGCAGCUGAUCUUAUGGAUAAAGAGGAGGAGGAAGAGGAGGAGGGGGAGCUGCUGGUGCCGCUGGAUGUCACAUCUCAGAAAUACAACAUAUCAGAGCAGGUGGACAAACCAGACAGCCCUGAACCCACACCGGCUCAGGAGGAGGCAGAGGAAGAAGAGGUGGAGGUGGAGAAGGAGAAGCCAGAGGAGGAAGAAGAGGAGACGGAGAGGGAGGAAGAAGAAGACAAGCAGGAGGUGCAGGUUAACAGUUUCUCCACAAUUGAUGACAACAAAGACACUGAUGCUUUGAUAAGCAGUGAACCAGACCCGCAGGAUGGAGUCUGUGAACUAACAUCUGAAACCGGCAGUUCGGAGCUUGUUCCUGAAGAUGCUGAUACCACUGAUUUGCACAAAGAGCCAGAGUUGGCUCCUUUCCCUGAGAGCUCCACUCCUCUCCUUGACACCAGUGCACAGAGAUCCAGGGCAGACCUGGGUAAGAGGCGAAUCCGAUCGCGUCCGUCACGCUCAGUCCACACAGGGAUGACACAGAUGGAAGGACUCGACUGGAGGGCCCAUGACUCCACAGACCCAAAGGAGGCAACUUUGAAAGAAAGGGAGUCUGAUUCUGAGGAGGAUCAGCCUCCACCAAAGACCGGCAGUUCUCUUCCUCCCGCUUCCCACAGAGUCCCCGUGUUCCCUGGUUUGAGCCCUCCAGGUCUACUUGCUUGGCGUAAGAGAAAAACUAGUGAAGGAGCAACUUUACCACAUGAAGAAAAGGCCAGAGAGGAGAAAGAAAUUCUAAAUGAGGAAGCAGCACCAUCUCCCUCACAGCUCUCGCGCUCUCCUCGCUCUGCUGCACAUCUCGCAGGGGCUGCACGGGUGCUGCCACCCAUAGGCGGCAAGGACGGAGGUGCCGUCUCGUCGCCCGCUUGGCUGAAAGAGUUGAAGUCUAAGAAGCGUAUGAGUCAGCAUGGUGGUGAUUCUUAGUCAGGAGACACUGCUGCUGCUGUUCAGCCAGAAUCAGUCCACUUGUGCUGCUACUCCUGCUGCUGACAGACACCUUGACAUGAUUGCUGCAUUCUGCACUUCGAGUGCCUUAUUUUGGACCUUUAUUGAGAAUUUAGGCUUCUGCUGAACACAGAGGCAAUCAAGAACUUUUUACAGCUUGUAAAUGAAAUAUAGUGCCAAGGCUGUGUGCCCAGGCUAUGAUGUGUCAAUGCCAAGGGCAUGUUUUUUCAACUGUUGUAUUGAGGCUCAGUGGGAUGCCAGUGGACUUCAGAGCAAAGCCAUGGACUGUCUUAUUGUUUCAAUGUAUCUGUCACACACUGACAAGGACUGAUGACAGGAAGCCUUCAGCAGGGAAUCUACAUUCAUACACAUGCCUUUAUAUACUUGUGAGGACACUCGUUAACAUAAAACAUUCCUUUGCUCCUUAUUCUAAUCCUCACACAUCACAACUUAAUAUUUAACCCCUGAUUUACAUCUGCUAAAACCCUAGACCAUAAGAUAACCCUCUAAGAACCCUGAAUAGACAACCAAAAUCCCCACAGUGGUUUUAAACUUAAAUCUGUCCACAUAAAUAUAGAAAGACAUGUAAAAGUAUAAAGAUAUGUACAUAAAUACUGAAUAUAACAGUGUGUGUUUAGUUUAAAUUUUACAAAUUUCUUUUACACAUUAUAACCAAUCACAAGUCGUCUCAAGUAAAUCUUCAAGCACUUUAAGAGAAAUUAUAACAAAUUACUGUCCAUACAAUACAUCCAAGCAAUAGAAUAAUCCCAUAUGUCCAGAGAUGAUUUUUUUUGUCUAGUUUAUUUUUAAAAAAAAGUUUCCUCAGGACUUAAAUAAGUACUACCUGAUAUUACUAAUACACUCAGUAGCUGGUCAGAAAAUCAAAAGCAAGAUGAGAUAAGAUAUUUGGGGUGUAAAAACAGAACCCAGAUGUUUGGUUUGUACAUUUUUAAUUCUAGAAAAAUGCAGUAAUCUGUUCGAGAUUCUUUUAUGUGCCUUUUUAAUGUGCACAAAUGACUGUCAUGAAUUCUGUAAUCAUUUAUGAUCAACAUACUGUAUAUUAAGAGGAAAUUGAGGGAAUUUUAUUAAAACUUUUUUCUAUGAAA